AUGGCCAGCUCUCAGAAUUCUCCCGUCCUUGUCCAGCACGCCUCUGCUCCCCACACGCUGAGUCCUUCAUUGUCAGUUGUCUCGAUCCCUCCCUUCUCUCCAGACUCUCUCACCGAACCUUCAACGCUCCCAGAGCCGAUAUUCCCCCCUCCCACUUCAGUGCCUGAGAUAGAACAGAACACGACAACUGUAGCUGUUGAAGAGGCAGAUACAGAGAUGGCAGAUGCCGCAGCUGCGGCUCCAGCCCCGGCACAACAGCCUUCCAACGUUGUCGAAAUACCAACACCAUCUCAAGAAGAGGUGCCGUCUGUUUCUGAGCAUUUGUCAUCUACGACAACCGGGCCAGUUGAAGACACAAUUCCACCUCCACCAGACUCAUUGCCUCAACAAGACGACUUUUCCCCGCCCCCACCUCCCAUGGCAGCAGUGCCCAGCCCGGAAGUUCCAGACUGGGUCACCUGGGAAGACGAUCUCUCUACUCCAACUGAGGAGGAAAUGACUCAGAUCAAUGCUCGAGAUUUUGAGUUGAGUGCCUUAGACGUCCCCAGUGUGGAGAAGAGAAUCUAUCAGGAUGUGGAUGAUCCAGACCAGCGACCGGUCAAGAAGCUUCGUCUCAGCUGGGUGAUCAAGAACCUGCGAGGAACCAGAAACAAGCCCAACUCAAGUCGGGUUAUGAUCUCCCCGCCUGCAGAGGUCGAUGGCAAUUACUGGCAGAUCAAAUUCUACCCAAGAGGGAACAAGUGCUCUUCCAUGAGUGCGUACAUCAGAUGCAGCAGGAUCGCCCCCGAGCCAGAGUCAGAAGCUCCCGAUAGCACAUUCUCCUUCUACGAGGGCACUCCGGAUGCAGACCUUGGAAAUGACGCCGUUCCCAUCCAGACCUUCACCGUCGAAGCAGAGAACAGACCAGCAAGCAAGGCAACCCCAAGUGACGCCCCUGAGUCCCAUGAUUCUCAGAAGCAGGAGAGCUCGCAAGGGACCUCGCAAGGCACUGAUGGCCAGGAUGUACACCCUGUCCCGCGUGAGAGUACUACGUCGGCAGAUGAAUCGAAAUACAUCCAGCCUGCAGACGAAGCCUGGAGAGUGCCCGCGCAGCUAGGAGUGAUCAUGUACAACCCCGAGGAACCGCGAACCUGUACCUACAUGUCUUCCGAACACCAAUUCUCCCGUGCUAAUGAUGACUGGGGGUGGACAAAUUUCCAUGGACCAUGGAAAGAGAUUCAUCGCCGCCAGUAUGCACAGAGAACCCCUCUGCUCCGGAAUGACACAAUUGCCAUUGACGCCUACAUCCGCAUCUUCGACGAUCCGAGUCAAGCAUUAUGGUGGCAUCCCUCAGAGACCGAGCCUCAGUGGGACUCCAAGACGUUGGCCGGUUAUCACCCAAUGGGCACCCCUCCAUUAUACCACAGUCCUGCGGUUGCAGGCAUUACUGCUUGGCUUUUGUUGGCUCCCUUCCGGCAGGUCAUCCAAGCCAUCGACGCUGGCCAGUGGAGGAGGAACUCUCAGAUCCGACCACGACCUCUCAUAUGCCAGCUUCAGGUCGUCAUGUUCCUGAUGCGGUGGCUGAGGAAGGACAAGGAUACAUACGUUGAUGUCAAUCCUGUGAUUGAAUCUCUCAAAGAACAUGGAGAAUCAUUCACUGACGUUGUGACAUUUUGGGAAAUGUUUCGCAGAGGGAUCGAGCUAGAACUGGAGGAGGAUCCUGAAUCCAUGCGCAUGAUUGCCAAAAUCUUCGAUUCACCUGAUGGCCGAUUUUCCGUACCUCCAUUACCCGUUGAAGGAGUCAGUGACAUCCAACAGGGCCUGGACAGAGUCCUGGAAGCCAAGAAUUUCCGCGGCCGUCUACCAGACUUCCUCUCGCUCCCACUUGCAAGAGAGAAGUUUGACAAGAAAUCGCGUGAAUGGAAACUCCUUCACGAUCGUGUCAUCCUCAACGAUGAAAUCAUGGCGGUUGAGAAUACCGCAGAAGGCGACCGCUCAAGUUAUACACUUUAUGGCUUCAUGGUACAUGUCGGGGAAAGAAAUUCAGCGAAGAUUUACAGCGUUUUGCGGCCCAACGGUCCAAACACCAAAUGGCUGGCUUUUGAAGAUGGGGAUGGAAAUAAAAUUUUCUCAUAUACCAGAAAACGAAUCAACGAGUUUGAAGGUCUUGAAGGGCAAGCGCUGAAAGAUUUCACUUCCACGAGACAGACUGCCUACCUGGCAAUGUACAUCAGAACUAGUUGCCUCCCCGAAUAUCUUCCCGGCGCUCUGGAGCCGUACCGACUCCCAAGAUGGCUAGCAUCCAGCCUCACGUGGGAAUACCAAGACAAGCACGAUCCAUUCGUUGAGGAAAUGGUGGAGGAGAAUCCAGAUGAAGUCAACGUGGAACUCUAUUCAGAAGAGGGUGUGUAUGGACGAGAAGGUCUACUGGACAUGUUUAACAUCAAAAAACAGUCCAACCACAAGGGCCUUUACCAUUGUCUUACUCUCCCGAAGUCGACGACUUAUCAAGAUCUCAGAACGGCAUUUUGCGGGAAACUGGGUAUUGGAAACUCGAGUAGCCUUCGACUUUUCAUCAUGCGUUAUUCUGACAUCGGCAACUACACCAGUGCGCUUAUGGAGCCUGUCCAGUUGUCACGUAAUAUCACCGAAGAGAAACCAUUGGUGCAACCCAUCUGCCUUUGGUACUCCGUACUGAAGACCCGGGAAGAGAUUGAAUUGUUUGGUGAUCCUAUUCCGUCUGUUGAAACUGAAUCCACACAGCCAGACCCGGAGUUGAGUGGAGAGAGUGACGGACCAACAGACCUUAUCGCAGCAGUGGCUCCUCCCAGUGGAAUUCAACUUGCAGCUGCUGAUCUUGAGCAGGCUUCAGUGCAGGAGGCAGUUGUUGCAGAUCUAGAAAGAGUCACCACUGUCCGGGAACCAGAGCUCGUCCUAUCAGAAGAACAAGUCGAGGACGCAGAUACGCCAAUGCAGCUAGAGGACUCGCCUCCAACAGCAGAAGAGAGUCUGUUAGCGGAUGUCCCACACGGGCAUCUGAUUGAUGCAGCAAACCACCACACCUCCACAGAAGUAGUCUCCGACCCAAAUGCUCAACUGCCUGAGGACCCUACCACUUUGACCUCCCUUACCGGUGCGGAAGAACGAGUGAUUGCUGCAGUUAUUGCACAAGACGGAGAAAUAAUGGAUUUCACGAUGCAGCCUGCUACCGACACGCAGGCCUCUGAAAGUCAGUCCACCGAUUCAUCCGAAUCCACAUCUUCUGCGUCGUCGGCAACAUCCACACCAGAUCCACAAGUCAGAAACAUUUAUGGCUUCAUCCAGAUUUUCGAUACGGUAAAGCAGAAUUUCAUGGUCUUUGGCACCUUCUUCGCCAAGUGCGAUGACAAAGUGAAGGACUUCAUCAGAACACGCAUGGGGUACGCAGCUGAUAAGGAAUUCAUUGUCUGGCGCCGCGAGUCGCCCGUUGAGGGUAGCAUGAUUGAGGACCACGAGAAUUUUGAUGAUCGUCGCUUUGUCAAUGGUGUCGACAUCAUCGUUGGCGAAGUCCUCGGCGACUCUGCCGAAAAAGCGCUUGAACAGCAAGGGAAGUUCUCCAAUCCUUUUGCCUUGUCAAGAUAUCUCCGCAUGGUAGAACGAAGGCAUCCGAUCGAAUCAGUGACUAGUGUUACUCCAGUUGAGGUCGCCACAUUUGGGACGGACUAUUACAAAGGUCCACUGGUCAACGGGCGGGCGCAUGGUCCAAACUGCCUCUGUAUUACGUCUACCGGGAAUACCUACGAAGGUCCACUGGUUUGCAAUAAAAAAUGCGGCAGAGGAGGUAAAAUGACGUAUCAGAAUGGCGACACAUAUGAUGGAGAAUGGGACGCAGACGAGCGGCACGGACAGGGUACAUUUGUGGAGAGUCGAACAGGAAACAAAUAUGUAGGAGGGUUUGAAUAUGGAAAGCGAUGGGGAAUGGGCACGACUUAUUGGCAGGUCGCAGAUGAACAGGCGGAUCUGUGUCAGAUUUGUUACAGCGAAGAGAUUGACGCAUUGUUCUUUGACUGUGGACACAUUUGCUCUUGUGUGGAAUGUGCUCGGCAGUGCGAGAUCUGCCCGAUCUGCCGAAGGAGCGUGAAGCAGGUGGUGAAGAUGUUCCGAGCGUGA